CAUCUGAGACCCCGCUGCCCUGGUGGCCGCCUUUGGAUAUCCUCCAGCUUGUUUGUUGUUUCCUGGACUCAGCCGGAGCCUUCCCCGUUGGAGAUAAACACAGACCGAGUGCCUGAAUGAGUUGUAAGCCUCGGAGGGUGACCAAUCUUACCUUUACCAGCAGGACGCUUUUAUGGAGGAAAGUACUCAAGAAGGAAAGAUAACUUCAUUCAAGAUUAUGGAAAAAAUAAAAUUCCAGCGAAAGCCUCUCUGACCCUCUGUGGCUCUCCCAGCUCAGUCUGGGAAGGCAGUGCAGACCGCCCUCCUCAUCGGGCCCCUCCUGGGCAUCGCAGGGGCCAGCUGCUCUGCUGAAAGGGUUUGUGAUCGAAGGUCUGAGGGUUCCCCACUGUCACCCCCUGUCCUGGGGGGCAGAGCUGUUGAAACAUUUCUUGGGCUCAGUUUUAUAAGCUGCUGGAGGGAGAUGGUGACAAGCAGCCCGUUAAUAAAGGCACUUGAGCAAAAGCAACACGAGGAAGGGAGAGGACGCAGAGCUCCAUCAUUUGUCUGUCUGAUUUUCAUGUCCUAGGGCCUCUCUCUUCUUCUGGUGGGAGAAAUCCAAAUAUGUUUAGCAAUUCCUCUGCUGCUGCCCAUGGGGGUCAAAGCCUUGUAGCCUUUGUAAUCAGGAAUAGUCCAGAAACCCACAACAGGCCCAGCUCUGCCCCGAGGCAGGCACAGUGACGAAACACACAUUUUGGGCCUUUCCCACUUCCUUAGCCUGAGUUUUCAAAAGCCCGUGCCUAAUUUUUUUUUCUGUGCUCCAGGCUGAUUUACAUAACUUUAUUCUUCUGUGGUUAGUUACUCAUUCAGAAAUUCCCCUGUCCAUCUGUUCUGGGAUUCUGAGUCAGUGGUAACAGACCAUCAUGGUAAAUUCUGGCCUCUGCCUUCCUACCUCCUCUCUGCCCGGAGGUGGAGGCAGAAGGCAGAGGCCAAGGACCGGGACACCUGUGCGGAGUCUGUCCAGCAGAACGGAGUCCGGUUCCUCCAGCUGAAGGAGCACCUUGGGAGGCAGUUGCUACAGGUACUGGAACCUCAGGGCCUGAGUGCUUGCCUCCAGGCUGUUCGCUCAGGGCUUGGGAGGUGAGGGGCGACCCAGAGUGAGAGGCAGCAUAGGGCAUGGCUAAGGCCCAUCUCUGGUUCAGGUCCCAGCCCUGCCGCUUUCCUCUGUGGCCCUGGGCAAGUUCUUCAAGCCCUUUCUCACCUGUGAAGUGGAGAUCCUAAAAGACCUGUUUCACAGGGUUAUUGUGACAGUAUAUGAAGUGAGUUGAAGCAUCUGGAACCCGCUUGGCACACAGAAGCCCCGGGCAGCUGUUAGCAGUGGUGAGGAGGAGGGCGAGGAGGAUUUCUAUUCUUCCUAUUGGGCUACCUCAUCCCUCGUUUUUUCUUAAUGGAACAAAGAUACCCAGUGUGUAUUUAUUGACAAGUAUGGGAAAACUCUGGUGUGAGCUCAACCCCAUGGUAUUCCCCUUCAGAUUCCUUAGCGCUCCCUCCCUCCUGCUCCUGACCAGUGUCCUCACCACUCCCAGUCUCCGAGUGAGAACCAGCCUUUGGCUGAUCGCCCAGUAGCAGCAGACGAUUUCAUGUCCCUGCCUCAGUCUCCUCAUCUGUAGCCUGUGGAAAAGCAUUUACCUCUCCCUCUUCUUCCUCCCAGUGCCCUCCAGAGAUGGAAAGAGGCGCCAGGCACCAUCUGUUAAGCAUGACAGACAGGUCCCAAAGACAGAACUUUGAUGGAUGGUAUGGGAGAGCUGGAGGGCCCAGGACCCAGGGGACCAUCAUCCUGCCCUCAGGAACCCUGGGCCAUGGUCUGGAAGGGGUGGGCAUGUUGCUGAGUUCUCUUCUUGGGAUAUCGAGAGCACAUCUGUGCCCCUUGGCUUACCCCACCGCAGAAAAGGUAGGUCAGAUGUUGUUUGGAGAGUCCGUCACAAAUGAAUGUUCUCCUAGCUCAUUCUCUGACCCCUGCCUGGACAAGUGCCUAUGCUUUUGCGCUCGGGAUACUCACGAAGGGGCGAAGGGCAGUUUAACACCAGAGAGAAAGCCUCAGGGACAUGAAUAACUAUCCAUCAUUGCUUUCCCGUUAUGCCUCAGGUGCUGCUUCCCAAGAUGAGGAAAAUGAGGCUCAGAGGGGCCCAUGAGCUGUCCCCUGAGGUCAUGCGGUGGAAUAUGCCAGAGAAGGAUUUCUACUCCUUUCAGGGAGGAUUCUAAAGUGUGUGUUCCUUCCAGGAGGGGAAACCUGAUUCUGAGCCCCACAAGGCCCUGUUGGAGCCCACAGACCUUUUCUUCUGACUUUGCUGGAGAAUUGUGAUGAAGCCCUUUAUCUCAGCCACAUUGAAGUUCGUGUGUCCUUUCUGCUACUGGUCCUAGCCUUUCCCCCUCCUCCUUUCCCCUUCCCUGUUGCCCACCCCAGCUCCAUGGAGUGUUUAACUUGAGGACCUCCCCGUUGGUGGCUGGCGACACAUCCCACCUGCCUCUGCUAUCUCCCGAGAUUUGAGGCAUCAGCAGAAUUUAAGAAGUGCAACAUGGCCAGGGGCUGCCUCUGCUGCUUGAAGUACAUGAUGUUCCUCUUCAAUCUGAUAUUCUGGCUCUGUGGCUGUGGGCUGCUUGGCGUGGGCAUUUGGCUCUCCGUGUCCCAAGGCAACUUUGCCACCUUCUCCCCCAGCUUCCCCUCGCUGUCUGCAGCCAACCUAGUCAUCGCCAUCGGCACCAUUGUCAUGGUGACAGGCUUCCUCGGCUGCCUGGGGGCCAUCAAGGAAAACAAGUGCCUCCUCCUCAGUUUUUUCAUCGUCCUGUUGAUCAUCCUCCUAGCAGAGCUGAUCUUGCUUAUUCUCUUCUUUGUCUACAUGGACAAGGUGAAUGAGAACGCCAGGAAGGACCUGAAAGAGGGUCUGCUGCUGUACAACACAGAGAACAACGUGGGGCUGAAGAACGCCUGGAACAUCAUCCAGGCCGAGAUGCGCUGCUGCGGCGUCACUGACUACACGGACUGGUACCCAGUGCUGGGGGAGAACAUGGUUCCUGACCGCUGCUGCAUGGAGAACUUCCAGGGCUGCGGGCGCAACACCACCACCCCUCUGUGGAGAACGGGCUGCUAUGAAAAAGUGAAGAUGUGGUUUGAUGAUAACAAGCACGUGCUUGGCACGGUGGGGAUGUGCAUCCUUAUCAUGCAGAUUCUGGGCAUGGCCUUCUCCAUGACCCUCUUCCAGCACAUCCACCGGACUGGUAAGAAGUACGACGCCUGAGCCGGCUGGCUGGGAACACCCUGGCCCGCCGACACGGACACUGUGCCCGGGAAGAAGAUUUGAGCUUUGUGUUGCCUGCCCGCGCUCUCCAGACUGCUGACCCUUGCAACCACCUCCUCAGCCCGCCCGCCCCCAGCCCACCCCGCCUCAGCCUUCUUGGUGGGUGGAGGGCCAGGGAGGAGGAGGCGUGGAGGAGGAGCACACAGACCUUGGGGUGCUGGAGGCGCCUGGAUUCCCGCAUCUGUGUAUUUGCCAAAGAAGAUAGGAUGGGCCGGGUUCGUGCUCCUGGAGCACCCCCAGCACGGAUGCGUUUCUGCCCCUGCCCUUCCUCACCCUGCCACUUUGUCCCCGUGGGUGGGGAGGAGAGAGCUCCCUCCUGGUGGAGAGACUGCCCAGUGGAGGCCACUGGUGUCCACGGCCACCCCCCAGGGCUAGAGCUUGUGGGGUCGGGGUCUGACUGCCUCUGGGCAAGGCCCCUGGGAGCAUCUUGCCCAGGCCUUUUAUACCUUACAGUGUAACUUUUUUAUUUUAUUUUACUCUGAUUAUGAUUAUUCAGGAGUAUUAUCUCUCAGAUAAGUUUAGGGUUAGUUUUCUGAUUUGUAACUUUUUACUGUGUUGAUUUCUGUAAUGGUUUGAUUUUUUUUUUUUUUUUUCCCUGAGGGUAGGGGACAGGUGGGAAGAGAGGAUGUCCAUCAGGUUUCAGUCAGGACAAACCGCCGUGCCACGCUCAGGAGGCCCUGCGGUGAGACACGCCGGGGCCAGGCCCAGGACGCGCUGAGCAGGAGGGACAGUGGGCGGGGUGGGGGGGGUUGGGGCCUGGCGUCAGUGUCCCAGGGGCCUGGGAGAGACGCAUAUGCAGAGGGGCAACCUGUGCAGGGUUGAGGCAUUUGCUGAUGCCAGCACCUGGGGCCAGGGCAGUUAGGGGUCGUCUUGGGGCUUGGUGCAGUGCUUUACCAGGAACGUGGCCAGGGCUCUUGUGGGUCCUUAUUCUUCAUGGAUGAGCAGUCUUUCUUGUUUCCCUUCUUCCUUCCUCCUGCCCUCUGCUGGCGAGGGAGGCUCCCCCUUCCGCCCCCUGUGGGCAUUCCCGCUACAGGUUCUGCAAACCCCAGUUACUUUCACAGACAUUCCUGCUAGAAAUUCUCGGACAAAUACCUCUCUAGUUCAAAUGCUGCUCACUUUCUCACAUUGCUUCUGGAAGGGGAAGUAGUUCUUAUGUUUUGCUGCUCAGACAGGGGCAGAGGACCCGUGACCAUCAGAAGGGGAAGGCAGAGCUGGGGCCCUCGAUCAUUCCAGCCACAUUCACUGGGCAGCAGAGUCCCUGCUGAAGGGGUGGGGGGAAGAUAACCAUGGGGCCCCAGGACCCCCGUUCUCUUCCUUGGGGUUCACUGAUGGCGGAGUGGUGGUAGUCAUGUCCUCCAGGGCCCCCGGGAGAAGCCCUAAGAAGUCAUACUGGGUCUUGCUACAGCUGUAGGAGGAAGCAAGCAGCCUAUAUCUGGGAAGAGGAGCUGAACAGGCAGGGUAGGGGGUCUGAUUGCCACCGGGGCCCCCAUAGGACUUAAUGCUGGCCUGAGGGAGUGUUUUUGUAGUUUGAAAUAAAUAAAGUCAAGAAUUCACACAACUGAGCUUGAAAAGGCUAUCCACUAGCCAGCUAGGGUUGGUGGCCUUCCUGGAUGGGGCCUCGUGUGGGGCAGCUGCCUUUUUCCUGCAUCAUUUGGCUCAGUCCCUCAAUUUCCCACCAAGCCCACGUCUCCUCUCCAACCUCCACCUGUCUUUUCCAAAAGCUCAGGCCUGCCCCCUGCCCCCCACAGCCGGCAACACCUCCACUUGCCUAAGUAAAAUGCAAUUGGGACCAAAAGUACAGAACUUUUGGUGUGUUCAGGAUUCCAGAUUUUGAGGGUUGGGGUACAGAGAGUAAGGUGGUCUCAGUGAGUCAGGCAGAGUAAAGACCAUCCCCCACCCGACCCGAGACAUGCACAGAGGAUUCUCUGGGGAAGGUAGGGAGGUGGGUCCUUGGGUGGAGGAUGGGGCAAGCACACACAUGAGGCCGACUGCCUCCCAGGUCUUUUGGCGCUGCCUUCCUGGUUAGGAGACACGGCUGCCACCCCGGGGCCUUCCUGCUGCAGUGCUCAGGGCAGACAUGCCACCAUGCCACCGCGGACCGGACAGACUGGCAAACGAGCCCCAGAGUCGCCGGGUGGGACUUGGUGCAUAAGGACUGUGUGCUUGGGGGUGGGGCGGGACGGGCCGGCUCGUUCACACCUAUCAGUGCAAUUUCAGUUUUUGUUCAAAUCCACAGCAAAAUUCUAACACCUGCGGGCGGGGGAUGUGUAUAGCCUCCCUGGCAGUCCUACGUUUCUGGAGCUUCAGGGUUGUCCUCUGGCCCCAGAGCCUUGGCUACAGUCCCCCUAUCUCCUCCAGUGCCCUUUCCCACCCCUCACCUGUCUGUCCUCCUCAUCCAGAGUCCCCAGACUGCCAUUCAAUUGAGUCGCCGCUGGCUGGAAGGCACGAGUCUCGAGGGGUGCUCUUCCAAGCCCCCAGCCCUUUCUGCAGGGUGGGACACAGCCCACGGAAGGCAACGUUGCAUGAUGUCUGUGUGGUGGCCUUCUCCAUUUCUCCCGACUGUGAUCUCGUUGGGGCAGGGUUCCCUGAACGAACCCUCUCACUUGGGGGUUCCCUUGCCAAAGUCCAAGUGAGUUCAGUCAGCUCUGAUGCAGGCAGGUUACAGAUUCGACUUAGAAGGUCAAGGUUCUAUAGUUGGCUUCAAGGGAGUGUGGGCCAGAAACUUGGCCUUUUCCUGCCGCCAUCUUCCAGAGGACGUGAGCGAACAGGGACUGAGAAUUACCCUUGGGGGUUGCUGGAGCAGGUGUCAGGGGCCCGUCUCCACCUCCACGCCCCAGCUGGAGCAUAGUCACCCCCUCUCUCCACCAGCAUGGGCCUGCAUCUGGGGCUUUCACCCCAGGGAGGUGGCUGACCCCACCCCAGACCCCCACACGGAUGUUAUGGUGUCACGUGGACCCAGGUGGCCAUCCCUCCUUGCUUUGGUGCCCCCAAAGCAGUCCAGGUGGCUGGAAAUGACUGUCCCCGCCUCUGCAGCCCCCUGCCCACCCACACUGGUGGAGGUGCUAGCUAGCAGGGCCCUGGUGUAGGGCGGGAGCUGGGUGCCCGGAGCCCCCCCUUUUGUCCCUCCACCUUCCCGCAUCUGGCUCCCCAGGGCCCUGGCCACCCAUCUCGCUCCUCUGCACUUCCAUGAGGCCUGGUCCCUUCUGGGCCCCUGAGGGCUAGAGCCAGGGGCUCACGCCCACACCCUGCCCCCCAGCCCGGGAGCGUGGGGAGCUGGAGGGAGGGAGAGCCAGCCCAGCUCACUUGCUGGGUUCGGAUGCACUUUCCUGCUUGAGAUGCCCUAUCUGUGCGCUCCCUUCAUCCUCGUCCUGGCUUUCUUGAACACCAUGUUUUUAGCAUGUUUUUAAAUAAAAACUGAUAACGUGUCAAAAGCACAAACA